AUGCUGUCGCUGCUGCUGCCGGCUCUCGCUUCCACUAACGUGAGCCUCGCAAUCCUCACCUUGCAAUCGAACGUGCGCUCCACGACCGCCGAAACUUGUGAAGUCGGCAACUGGGUCAACGGCAAGUGCUGGGUGCCAGAGCCAAUGCAGGCGGUCGUUGCAAGCGCCCUUACAGCAGUUACGGACUUCAACUCGCGGGACGCUUCUGCUCUACCCGUGCUUGGGACUUUGGCUGGGUGCGACAAGCAGCUUCUUUUCCGGCUGCUCGACAGCGGCUUCACAGCGGGCAAGUCGGUCCAGGCGCUAUGGGACUUGACAGCUACCCCAGACGUAGUCAUCGGAGCCGCUCGUAGCGACGUCUCCGCCACCACCGCGGCCAUCACUGGUGCUCUCGACAUUCCUCAGAUCUCCUACUGGUCACAGUCGAGCGAUCUGUCGGACACCGUCCUCUACCCUCGCUUCAUGAGGACCAUACCAUCGCAACCUGCGCCCGCUUCUGACCUCUGUUCAUUUUGGAAGCACGAGCUUCGGCUCUCGACCGUGGCCGUACUCUAUGAGCAGUCCGCGUACGGCCGUGCCUACGAGGUAGCGACGAAGACCGCCUGCCAGAGCGUCGGGUUGACGUUCGUCAGCAAAGAGUUCUCCGAAGAUGAAUCGACCCGCGAAGAGUCGAUCCGGGACGCCGUGCAAAGUCUGAGCAGCAGCGGCGCCAAGGCAGUGCUAGUUGUUACUUCGAGCGCCACGGAUCUGGGCCUCAUUGCAGAGUUUGCGCUGGAGGCCCGCCUGCUCCGACCUGGCACCUCUUGGGUCUUCACUGGCUCUACGGUCGUCGAUGUCACCUUUUCCAAAUUGAGCGAGGAGGCGAAGGCCGCGCUGCACGGCAGCCUGCAAAUCAAGGCGGUCGGCGCGAUGGAUAGCAACCUACAGUGGACCCAUUUUGCCAACGACCGCUGGCCGGAGCUUCAGCCCGGAGACUUCAACCAGUUCCUACACGCCGACUGGCAGAUCCGCGACGACUUUUUCAGCACCGUCGACCCAAACACGAGCGCAGUGCUACGCGAGGGUGGCACCUUUGCUUACGAUGCUAUCAUAGCCGCAGGGUUGCUCUCGUGCCAAGUGGCUCCAACGGGCCCGCUGCCGGCGUCAUUUGGCACGCGGUUCUGGGAGGCCAAGCAGGGCCUGUCCUUUGACGGCCUUUCCGGGCGUGUUGAGUUCGACGAGAAGGGCGACCGGAGCAGCGCGAAUGUGCAGCUGUUCAACCUACUCGACCAAGGCGGCUUCUCCGAGAAACGCGUAGCACAAUUCACCAACAGCACAUGGGCUUGGGAGGGCGGCUCGCGCGAGAGCAGCGGCGUGAUCUUCAACUAUGGAGAGACCGAACCGCCUUUUGAAUCGCCUCUUGAAUCGUCGCCGCCGGACGGUCUCAGGCCGUGGGAGAAAGCGGCCGUGUGCGCCGUGGCAGCGUGCGUCGUUCUGCUGCUGUGCCUGUACUGUUGCAGCUGCCUCUCCGUCAGCUGGCUCAGCUGGCUGCCGCUAUCGCGCAUCGCCGCGUCUCACGGCACGAGCCCGUGGACGCUGCUCCGCAGGCGAAUCGCUCGGAUCGCUCCCGUGCGCGCCUGCGUCGGCUGCGCACGAGCGGUGCGGCGGGCGUGCCGCAGGGCUCGUACUGCGCCGUUGCUGCGCCCUAACGCCGCUCGGCACGCCGUGUGGGAGCGAAUCUGCCGCAGGGCGAACAAGGAGCCGACCGAGGGCCCGCCCGACGUCGAGCGGCUCCCAUUUGUGGAGCAGCGCCUGUGGAGCUCGGUGCUGGAGCAGAAGCUGUGGGGGACGGCCGCGCGCGAGGCUGCGCAGCUUCGCGCGUGGCUCUACGUGACUCGGAACACGACGCCCUUCAUCGAGGCGUGUGUCGAGAAGCUGGUAUCGAGGUGCGGGACCGCGGCUUGCACUCAGCGCAGCGGCUGCUGCAAUGACGGACGCCGGACUGACCAUCUUGCUCACGCAGACCUCGAGGCGGGGCCGAGGCUGACGAGGAUGUCAUCGCUGGGCACCGUGCCCUUCGUCGAGCAGUCCCAGGUGUCACUGAACAUGGGAGCCCUGCUUCGCUUCUGCCUCAGCGAGCAGGGCGCUGGGGGCCGCCAGCUGUGGGAAGAGUGGAAGCUCGCUCUCCGCGCCCUCCGCUCAAAGGAGAAGCAUCGCGACGCGUCAGUCCACCGCGACUCUGCCUCGAGGCAGGCGGCGAGGGAGUCGUCCGAGCCAGUCGACUCUGAGCCCAUCUCGGUGCACGAGUUCGCCUCCCUCCUGCUCUCGCCGUGCAACAGCGCCAUCGAGCCUAGGCGCUCCCCCACGGAUGCGACCGAGCCGCUGACCAGCUACUGGAUCGAUUCGUCGCACAAUAGCUUCCUCGAGGGCGACCAGCUCACCUCCGCCGUGUCUGCCGACAUGUACCGCCGCCUCCUGCUCUCGGGGACUCGCUGCCUCGAGAUCGACUGCUGGGACCCGCGGUGGUGGGGCCAGGCGCGCGUCACGCACCGCAUGAUUGGCCCCACGCGCGGAGGCGUCCCUCUCCUCUGCGGAAGCGUCGCCUUCGGCGAGGUGGUCGCUGCGAUCGCCGAGCACGCCUUCACCGCCAGCCCUCUGCCCGUGAUUCUGAGCAUCGAGAUGCACUGCUCGGCGAAGCAGCAGAACAAGAUCGCCAAGGAGCUCAUCAACACGCUGGGCGACUUGCUCUCGCGCAGCGACCGCGUCGCGAGCACGCCCCUCCGCGAGCUGCGCCGAAAGGUGCUAAUCAAGAUGCGAUUCGACAAGGGCGGCGUGACCACGGACCCGCUCCUCCGCUCGCUCGUCACGCUGCCCACGACCUCCAUCGGCCGAUCGCCGCCCGACGAGGACGACAGCGGCAGGCGGCUCGGUCGCACGGCGAGCUGGAAGGAGCUCCGCUGCAGCCGCCCCCUCCACCGUGGCGUCUGGGACUGGCUCCGCGGCGUGCCUCUCGACCGCACAAGAGGCGACGGCGACAGCGGAGCCACGCUGACGUCCGAGUCGCCUUUCGGGUCUCCGGGCUCGCCCGGCUUGCAGGGCGUCUCGUGGCUUGCGGAGGAGCCGGCGGGCGAGCCGCGCCGCGGUGUCGUGAGCUUGUCUGAGGAGCGGCUCGAGCGGCUGGCGAGCGAGCAGGGACGGUUGCUGCCCCUCAUCGCCUCGCAGCUCGUGAGAACCUACCCCUCUCCGACUCGGUGGUGGUCGACCAACAACAACCCACUCGUGGCGUGGCGCGCGGGUGUGCAGAUGGUGGCGCUCAACCUGCAAACGAACGACUUGCCGGUGCAGAUCCACGACGCCCUCUUUCACGGCAGCGGUGGCUACGUCCUCAAGCCCGCGGCGCUCCGUGCGCCCGAUCGGGCGAUCCAGCCCCCGACCCCAACCAACAGGGGCCCCGUGCUCUCCCUGCACCAGCUCCCGACGCGGGACGAGUGCCGGCCCCUCCUCACCGAGCGGCACCACGCCGUCGUCUCGCACCUCAGCGAUAGCCCCCGCCCGCCCAGCGGGGCCAGCGCCAGCGUGUCGAGCCCGCGCGUCGCCGUCGAGCUGCACGCCAUCGGAGGCUUCUGCGCGGUCGCACGCGAGCCGCAGCCGCCGCCCGAGGCGCAGGGCGUCACGCGGCUCACCACCGCGGUCGCGGAGGGCAACGGUCUCAACCCGACCUUUGACGAGACCUUCCACUGCCUCGCGGCCGAGCCUCACCAGACCAUCCUCCGCGUUGUGGUGGAGGACGAGGGGCGGCUGGUGGCGUACGAGACCGCGAUGCUCGGCUCCCUCCGCUGCGGCUACCGCUGCCUGCACCUGCGCUCGCCAAGCGGCACGCGGAUCGACUCGUGCUGCCUCCUGCUGCACAUCUCUGUCUCCACCGAGCCAAACACCUACGGCACUGUCGAUGAGCUGCGCAGCAGGGUGCAUUCGCAGCGCUCGCUCAUCAGCCAGCAGAGCCGCGACAUCCACCAGCUGUCUGCAGAGCUCUCGCGGCUCGGAAGCCAGCCCUCGACGCCGGCGCUGUCGGACACCGCGGCGGCCCCCGCCGCUCGCUGGCCGUUGGAGCUCGCGCUGGAUGCGGGCGUCAACGGGGCUCGCGCCGGCCGGCCGUCGCCGAUCGCGCUGCCUCCCGGCGCCACGCUCACGGUCGGUCGCGACGCGUCGAGCGGCGUGGCCUUGUUCAAGACGCAGCACAUCUCGCGCCAGCACGCCGUGCUCCACGUCGCCGCCGACGGUCGCAGCGUCCGGCUCGAAGACGUCUCGCGCAAGAACGGGUGCCGCGUGCAGCAGCCGGGAGGAGGUGGCGAGCCGGUCCUCCUGCAGUCUACGGCCGAGGAGGUGGCGAGCGCCCAGCUGCGUGAGGGCAGCGUGCUCACCUUUGGGCAGCCAGGUGAGGACGAGGACGACUUUCGCUACGUCAUUCGCGCCGCCGGUACCGAGGACUCGCCAGCUUGGCACUCCAAGCGCGAGACGAGGCGUGCGAUUGAGCUCAACCCGGUCAGGCCGAGUCCGCUCGCCCUCUCCUCAUCUUGCCGGCACUCCCGCGGCUCCCAUCUUCCCUCAUCGUCGGACGAGCUCUCCCGCUCCCAGCCCUCGCGGCGCGAGCUCGACGCCCGCCAAGGCGGCCGGGAGGACGCUGCAGUGCCCGGCUGGUGGUUCUCCCCUUCCAUCUCGAAGCCGUCCCCGCACGUUUCCCCUUCCAUCUCGAAGCCGUCCCCGUACGCUCGCUCGUCGUGCAGCUGGCAGUCCCCGCUGCCGUCCGCGUCGGGCACAUCACGCCGAUCCUCGGCGUGCGAGUCGCGCGGGCUGGGGGCAGCGGCUUCACCAAAGCCCGCUCUCGGAUGGAUCGAGCGCCUGCCCGCCCCCGACGAGGACAGUGAUGGCUGCAGCAGCGAUAGCGAGAACGAUCCCGAGCCGCCUUCGCCGCCGCCAUCGCUGCCGCCGCCAUCGCUGCCAGGCUCCUCGCCCUCGCCCUCGGUGCCGCCCGAGCGUCAGGGCUUCCCUUCUGGCCCGUCGCCGGCGAGGCCGCUCGCCUUCUACGCCGGCUCUGGCAUCUCCCCCGCAUCGGCGCCACAGAAGCGCCGCUGCGUGCACGGCCACUAA